AUGGCUAUUACCUGGGGACAUCCUCCCUGCGUGGCUCAGACACCGCUUGCUGCUGACUUGCCUACUUUGCUCUUCCUUUCUCAGUCCUCAGUAUGCUCCAAGAUCGUCCAGCUGCUGGGCCAGAAUGAGGUGGACUACCGCCAGAAGCAGGUGGUGAUCGUCAGCCAAGACAGCUUCUACCGCGUCCUCACCUCAGAGCAGAAAUCCAAAGCGCUCAAAGGCCAGUUCAAUUUUGACCACCCAGAUGCCUUUGACAACGAGCUGAUCGUGAAAACGCUCAAAGACAUCACGGAAGGGAAGACGGUCCAGAUUCCCGUCUAUGACUUUGUCUCCCACUCCAGGAAAGAGGAGACGGUGACUGUCUACCCUGCCGACGUGGUGCUCUUCGAAGGCAUCCUGGCCUUCUACAGCCAGGAGGUGCGGGAUCUCUUCCGCAUGAAGCUCUUUGUGGACACGGAUGCAGACACCCGGCUGUCCCGCAGAGUGCUACGAGACAUCAGUGAGCGAGGCAGGGACCUCGAGCAGAUCUUAUCCCAGUACAUCACCUUCGUCAAGCCUGCCUUCGAGGAGUUCUGUUUGCCAACCAAGAAGUAUGCUGACGUGAUCAUUCCCAGAGGAGCAGAUAAUGAAGUGGCCAUAAACCUGAUAGUGCAGCACAUCCAGGACAUUCUUAAUGGAGGACUCAGCAAACGCCAGAGCAACGGCUACCUGAAUGGCUACACCCCCCCCCGCCACCAGCAGCCCUCAGAGUCCAGCAGCCGGCCUCACUGACCCUGGGCGGCAGGCGUGAGGCUGGGGGCGGGGGGGGCUCGGGCCCUGCCACUGCCCCUCUGUACAUACUGUCCGUUCAUUCCCCCCUUAUCUAUUUAAGAAACCAGACGGAGACGAAUGCCUUUAAUUUUGUAUGUUGGAAAUGCCGAAUGAGAAGCAGCCGGCUGCUCGGGAGCCUGGACCGCCCACAGCU